AUGGCGCCGGUAGGCCAGGCAGUGCAGGGGAAUGAAGUUCUUGACCCACAGCAUCGACACGUCGGCGCCGCCCAGUGGCGUGGCCUGGCGGCCGAGCUCGGGGAUGCCGGGCUGCUGGCGGUCUUCGGUGACGAUGGUCACGUCGGUGAACAGCACCUGCGCGUCGGCCCGUUCGCAGUGCGGCCUGAGCGUGGCGAGGUGAUGGGGCUCGAAGCUGUCGUCGUCGUCCAGGAAGAGCACCCAUUCGCCGCGCGCCAGGGCGAGGCCCUGGUUGCGGCUCUCGGCCGGGCCGUGGCGGCCGGUGCGCUUGACGAAGGUGUCAGUCGGCCCCAGGUCGCGGGCGACGACCGCGGCGGUGUCGGCGUCCAGCGCGUCGGCGACCAGCAGGAUCUCGAAGUCGGCGCAGGUCUGCGCCCGCAGCGACGCGAUCGCCCGCGCCAGCGUCGCCGGGCGGUGAGAGGCUGUGGCUUCCAUUGCCGUCAUCAUCCCCACGACCGGCGACGCCCUGGUGCGCGAGGCGAUCGCCUCGGUGCUGGCGCAGACCGCGCCGGAGGUCACGCCCUUCAUCGUCGUGGACGGCCCCGGCUUCCUGCCGGCCUUCGAGGCCGCCACGGCGGGGCUGGACCUGUCGCGCUGCCAUGUCGUCACGCUGCCGGUCAACGUGGGCGGCGGUGGAUUCUACGGCCACCGGGUGUACGCCGCGUUCUCGCACCUCGUGAACACCGAGCUGAUCGCCUAUCUCGACCAGGACAACCGCUUCCACCCCGAGCACCUCGCGCAGCUGUCCGGCGCGCUGCAGCAGGGCGGCUGGGACUGGGCCUUUGCGCUGCGCCGCGUGGUCGCGCCCACGGGCGAGCCGCUGAUGGACGACGAGUCGCAAAGCGUCGGCCCCUGGGGCUCGGCCAAGCCGUAUCCGCUGGUGGACACCAACUGCUAUUUGCUCAAGACCGACGUGGCCCACCGCGUGGCGAGUUAUUUCCACGGCGGCUGGGGGCAGGACCGCGUGUUCUACGCGGCGCUGUCGCAGCUCUUCCCGAACUACGGCUGCUCGGGCGCGUUCACGGUGGACUACCGCACCCGUGA